GCGGCCGGGCGGCGGGCUCAGCCCCGCUCCGUGCCGUGCCGUGCCGUGCCCCCUGCCCUCGCCAUGCCCAGAGCCUUCCUGGUGAAGCGCCGGAGCCCGCAGCCGGCGGUGCGCAGCUGGGAUGGGCUGCCCGACGAGGAGAGAGCCGACACCUACAUCCCAGGCGGGAUCGGCUGCGUGCUGCUGGGCUACGAGGACAGCUGCAGCCUGGAGAGCAGCGGGAGCAGCGGGACCAGGGACGCAGAGCCCAGCGACCCCCCGACACCCCAGCCCGGCCCCGGUGACUUGGGCACGGCCGGGGGGAUGCUGCUGGACCUGGCCGUCAAGCGCCCCAUGGUCAGGUCGAAAAUCAAGUUCACCACUGGCACCUGUAACGAUGCUACGGUGCAUAGCUGCGAGCUGUGUGGCAAAGGCUUUCGCUUGCAGCGGAUGCUCAACCGUCACAUCAAGUGUCACAGCCAGGUGAAGAGACACUUGUGCACCUUCUGUGGAAAAGGCUUCAACGACACCUUUGAUCUGAAAAGACACGUCCGGACCCAUACCGGAAUUCGUCCUUACAAAUGUGAGGUUUGCAACAAAGCCUUCACCCAGCGCUGUUCCCUGGAGUCCCACCUUAAGAAGAUUCAUGGCGUGCAGCAGCAAUACGCCUACAAACAGAGGCGAGAUAAACUUUACGUGUGCGAAGACUGCGGCUACACGGGCCCCACGCAGGAGGACCUGUACCUGCACGUUAGUAACGUUCACCCUGGAAGUGCUUUCCUGAAAAAAACCUCAAAAAAACUUGCAGCGGUUUUGCAAAACAAACUGAGCCCUGUCCUGCAGAGGAACUCCAAAGACAACGACAAAGAUGAGUAACACGAUGGAUUACAGUGGUCU